CAUACAUGUAAUUUAGAGGCGUUCCGAAUAACAACUUACCCCCCUUUAAAUAUGGUUGGUAAAUAGAUAACAAAAUUAUGUUUCGUUUCGUUAAACAUCUUAACUUCGUAUCAAGAUCUUACGCUUGGAUUUCUGUUCGUUUUCAUGCUCAGGAAAGUACACACAUCUGUAAAAGGAAAAUGACAACAGAAUCGGUCGAAAAACAUUGGAUAACUAGGAUAAACAAUCAAAUGAAUUAUGAGAGAAAAUUUUACAGUCCAGAAAAGGUUGUUGUGACCAUACCAACACUGCACUUCCAAGCAUUUGACAUUUACUUGUCCAGGACACAAAUAAAGCCAUGGAACAUAGUUGAUUUGAUUGUAUCAGCUAGAUUGUUCACACAGUACCCUGUCAAACAUGCAGGAAACCCUGGCGACUCUGUUGUUGACACACACCUGUUAAUGAAAGAAAACAUUCUGUUCUUUGUGGCAAUGAAAGUUGAUAUAAAUAGAAUCUUCCAUGAUCCGGAAACUCCAAAAUUUCCAUUGAGCAUCGAAGCGGAGGUGACACAUGCAGGAAAUUCUUCAUCAAGACGAUUGUACACUGUUAAACAUCCGAGUAUAUCAACUCCUUACAUAACAUGCCAAUGUGAUGAUGUACUAGUUAGUAAAAGCAACAGGCAGCCUGCUAUGUUUCCUGAUUGGUGGAAGAAGAAAUAUUCUAAGUUGGUGAAACCUAAAGAAAUAUUCAAGAAACCUUCAAUACAUGAUGGAGCUUACACGAAAGAUUACAACAUGAAAGUUGAAUUUGAACAUUUAGAUCACAACUCACAUACAACAACUAGCGCGUAUUUGAAAUUCUCGAUAAAUGCAGCAUUUCAAACUGUUAGAGAUAAUCCGUCUGGUUAUAUUUCUAUUGAACACAUGCGUGCAGGACUAAAGUCCAUAACAAUGUUCUUUCAUGGCGAGUCAAACUUCGGCGACACGUUGAAUGUGAAAACAUCAGAAAACUGUUGCCAUGGUAACAUUAUGUUGGUUGAAAUUAGAAAUCUUUCAAGAGAUAAGACAGGAAAUGAUGGACUUUGUUGUUCUGUUGUAUUAGAAUUCUAUGAACCAAUGGAGUCAGAAAAUUGUUCAAAAUUGUGACAAGUUUCAUACAAUAUUUUAAAAUCUUAUCUUACUUGAUGUCAAAAAAUAAUAAUUAUUUGAAAGUAUUUACUGAAAAAAGUAACUAAGUCAUGGUGAUUUUUACACCUUAGUAUUAAAAUUUGUCAGUAUAACAAAGUUAUAUUGUAAACGGUUUGAGUAUUUAUUAUUUUAUGCAGAAAAAUACAUCAUAAUUAAAGCUGUUGUUUCUCAUG